AUGUCUGGAAAAUUUGAGCCAAAGCAAAAGGUCGAGCUUGACCCGCCCAAGGAUGAUCCUAUCAGUCUGGACUACCUUUCGAAAUGCGAUGGUACUCACGAGGGCUACCCAACAUAUGUGGCCAUCAAGGGAACUGUUUUCGACGUGACUGGCAACAAGGCCUAUGAACCAGGAGCUUCAUACUCAGUCUUUGCCGGCAAGGAUGCGUCCAGAGCUCUCGCACAGUCCUCGUUGAAGAAGGAGGAGUGCCGACCCGAGUGGGAAGAUCUCAAGCCAGAACACAAGAAAGUGCUUGACGACUGGUUCACUUUCUUCAGCAAGCGUUACAACAUCAAGGGCAAGGUCGUCACAGGUAAUUCAAGCUUGUAA